AUGCAUACUACGGAUACUCAGACACAUACCUCGGCGCAUCCACCCGCAACGGCGGCGCACAGCGGGCCUCAGGCCGUAGAGGAGGAGGGCAUAUCGUCAUAUGCCUCAUCGCAGACAGGCGUUGCUCCCGACAUGCAUAGCUACACGCCUUUCGCAUCGGAAAACUCAAAGACCAGCACCUCGCCUUUGGAUCACAGGGAACCGGACCUGGGACACCAUUGCGGCACGAUCACCGACAACGACGACGAUAAGCCUAGCGCCGCUGGCGCAUUGCCCAUGGACCUUGAGGCGGCCAAGCAGCAGCAAGAUGCGUCCAAGACAGACAGUGUGACGAGUCAUAACGAAAAGAUACGCCUAGUCGGCUGGGAAGGGUCGGACGACCCCAAUCAUCCGCACAACUGGUCGGUGGCGCGACGAAUCUACCUCACCUCGCUCGCCUGCGUGGUGGUACUGGCGUCCACAUUUACCUCCUCCAUCUCCUCUGGCGUUUCAAAGAGCCUGAUGGAACAUUACGGCUUCGGCGAAGAGGUCGCCGCACUCACCAUCUCGAUCUUUGUGGCGGGCUACAUCCUUGGACCUUGGCUUUGGGGUCCGCUCUCGGAGCGCAUCGGCCGGCGCAAGGUGUUCUCUGCCUCCUUGCUCAUUUACACUUGCUGGAAUGUCGGCUGUGCGCUAGCGCCAAACACAGGCGCUCUUUUGGCGUUUCGCCUCCUCGCCGGCACCGCCGCCGCCGCGCCGCUCAGCAAUUCGGGUGGUCUGAUCGCAGACCUGUGGAAGACGCGCGUCCGGGGCAUCGCUACGGGUCUCUACGCUUGCGCCCCAUUCACGGGCCCCGCGCUGGGCCCCAUCGUCAGCGGCUUCAUCCAGGACUCGGGCGUCAACUUCCGCUGGGCGUUCUGGGUCUGUGCCAUCUUUUCCGGAGUCUGUUGGUCGUUGGUUGUGCUGACGCUGCCAGAAACAUACGCGCCCGUGCUUCUCAAGCACAAAGCCCAGCAUCUGCGCCGCGAGACCGGAAGCGAUCUCUACCGUGCACCGCUCGAGCAGCAUGCAAAACUGACACCAUCGACGUUGGUGCGUACUGUGCUCAUCAAGCCAUUCAUCAUGUCGGUGCAAGAGCCCAUGCUGCUGGCUUCGAUCUUGUUCAUGGCAUUCUUGUACGGCGUCGUAUACCUGCUCUUUGAAGCUGUGCCCAUCGUCUUUGGCCAGGGCUACGGCUUUAGUGCGGGCAUCGUGGGCCUCAUGUUUAUCCCCUUUGCCGUGGGUGCAUUCGGCGGUGUGUUGUUCUACAUCGCCGUCUUGUUUCCGCGCUAUGCGCGCAUGAUUGACCGUGCUCCUGACAGCCAGGUCGCCCCCGAAGAGCGCCUUCCGAUGGCCAUGCUGGGAGCGCCUGUGCUCACCAUCGGGUUUUUCUGGUUCGCCUGGACCAGCGAUCCGAACAUCAAUUUUUGGGCGCCCAUGCUCUCUACCGCUUUGCUAGGUUUCGGCAUCUUUUUCGUCUUUCAAGGUCUCUUCAACUUUAUCAUCGACGCCUACACCGUCAAUGCGGCCUCGGCGUUGGCAGCUGGCGUCAUCGUACGCAGCUGCUUUGGCGCAGCCUUCCCGUUGUUCGCGAGACAAAUGUACUCUCGACUAGGUACCAAGUGGGGGUCGAGUUUACUGGGCUUCCUGGCAUUGGCCAUGACACCAAUUCCGUUUCUGUUGCAUCGUUAUGGAGCUCGCCUCCGUGCCAUGUCGCGCAAUGCUAAGUAG